CCUAAAAGCUAUUUUUUCUCUCAUCUUCCUCGCGUAACAACAACAAUACGCUCUAACAUUUCAUCUAUUUUUCAGAUAAAGAGUUUCACGGUUAUGUUUGGUGUUCGCAAAGGUUUUCUGUUCAGAAUCGAAUUGCUACUCAGUUUUGUUUUGGUUCUAGUUUAGAGGUUUCGACUCAGUGCAGAGUUUGGAUUCGAGCAGAGCUUUUUCACAGUACAAAUUUUGUAUUCGAGCCAAGUUUUUGGUACAGUUGUUGGUUUGAAUUAAAAUUAAAGUGAGUAUACAACAUAAUAAAGCUAAAUUGGAUGAGAGCUUACCGGUUGAAAUGAAGAAAAAUGCAGAAUUUGUCCUCGCUCGCAAGGUGUUCGAUGAAAUGUCCCAACCGAAUUCCUUUUGUGGCGAAGUUAGCGGUGAGAGAGGAAUUUGAUUUAGUUGAUGUUAACGGCUCAACAAAAUCGAGGAAUGUUGAUUGUAUGAGUACUGUGGAUGAUGAUAAAGGACUUGGUCCUACUGUUCCUUCUCAGAACGAAAGCGAAGGAAGAUAGCUCGGAGAAGGAGAAGUCUCUCGAUCUCUUUCUGAAGAUCGGCUUAGACGAACGCACAGCUCGAAACACCAUCGCCAACAACAAAGUCACUACCAAUCUCACUGCUGUUAUCCACGAGGCCGGUGUUACCGACGGAUGCAGCCGAUCAGUUGGGAACCUUAUUUAUACGGUGAGUUACAAUGAAGCAGAAGUGGUUGUGAUUGGAUUUUGGAGUGGAUUUGCUUGGUUGGCUGGAAUGACUGUGCUCAUUGCUAUAUUGUCUGAAUAUGUGGUGGAUACAAUUGAGGAUGCAUCAGAUUCAUGGAGUUUAUCUGUGAGCUUCCUCAGCAUAAUCUUGCUACCUAUAGUUGGUAAGAAUUUAUAUUAUAGUGUUACUCAAUUCCAUACUUAAUCCUUUCAUCUUAAGAUAUAAUUAAAUUCAUAUUUUCUAAGCUAUAAAGUUGAUGAAUUGAAAGAAAAAAAAUAUUAUUCAAGUGAAGCUGAAUUAAUUUCAUAACUA